AUGUUGACCCUCAAAACUUUCAUUACUGCUUCGGCUGCUUCGGCCCUCUUUGCUGGUGCAAGUGCCAGUGCUCUUGUCAAGCGCAAUGAGGAACCUCCAAGGCCGGCCUGCACCAGUCCCUUCCAACCAUUUACCUAUGCUGGAUGUUUCUCGGAUCCGAGCAGCCCAAGAGGUCUGCUGUACGACUCCGGACUCCCCACACAGAACAUGACUAUCGAGACCUGUGUUGCGUUCUGCAAGGGCAACGAUUACAAGUAUGCUGGUCUGGAAUACUACGGCGAAUGCUUCUGUGGCGCUUCAGUCAACGGUGUUCAGUUGCCGGAGUCGGAUUGUAGCUUCCCUUGCACAGGAAACUCGAGUGAGAUAUGCGGUGGGAACGAUAUCCUCUCGGUCUACCAGGACCCGACCUUCCCAUCUGUGGAUGACAGUACCAUCUCUGACUACCAGCUGCUGGGAUGCUACUCCGAGGGAACAUCUGGACGAUCCUUGGCGUGGAGACAAGACCAACUCCUCACGUCUAACUUGACUGUCGAGGAGUGUCUGUUCGCUUGCAAGGACGGCGGCUAUGAUUUUGCUGGUGUCGAAUUCGGUCAGGAGUGUUACUGCGGCGUGGUCCUUGGCAAUGGAACUCUGUCUAUUUCCUCUAGCACCUGCGAUACUGCAUGCACUGGAAAUUCUACAGAGACUUGUGGAGGCCCUUCCGCACUUGAUUUGUACGUCGCGAAGGAUCUGGGAUCCAACCAGCCGUGUGGAUAUUCAUCUUCAUCCUCCGCUUCCUCUUCGUGGGCCUCUAGUACCAGUACUACGUCUUCAAGCAGUUCGACUUCGUCAAGUGUCUGGACUACGUCGUCGCCGACUGCCUCGACUUCGAGCAGCUCCAUCCCAUCAAGCACUUCAACUUCGUCAAGUACCUGGACUCCGUCUUCGUCGACCACAACUUCAUCAAGCACGUCGACUUCAACACCUUGCACCACUUCCACUUCUAUUUCACCAAUCGUCUCCACCUCAACAACCUCAACUACGAAGACAACGGCAUCUCUUUGCACGUCAACAACCACGGUCUCCCCAACCCCAACUUGUGAAUACAAGUGUGGAAACUGGUGCUCUAGCCCUCUUCCGCCUUUCGGUAACAAAGGUGAUUGCCUCAAGGCGGUCUCCGCUUGUUCUAUUCAAACCGCCUCUUGCUUCCUCCACGCUGGAUGGCCAGACAGCAUGAAGUGCUUUGAGUUCUCCAGCUGGUGUGAGUCCGUAUCCUCAUACUGCGGCAAAUACUGCCCCGGGAAUUCAUGCUCUCUCGGCGGAUGCAAGUCUAAGUACCCACCCUCCGGACAGCCAGCGCCGCCGGCUCCCACUGUCUCGACCUCGGUCUACACUUGCCCACCAGCCACAACCAAGCCAACCAAGCCAGCCACUACCACCAAGCCCUCAACAACGACAAGCUGUGUUCCUGUACCCACCAGUUCCAACAUUUGCACACAGCCAAACAACCCCAGCAAGGGCUACAGCUCCUCUUCGCCCGUCGGCAACAUUCCCCUUCCAUGCUUGACCUGCAACAACAUCUACUCGGAUUAUAAAUCCGGUAAUUGCUUCAAGCUAUACAACAAUGCCGACUCGUCCAAGUGCCCCUCAUACCCACGCUCUGGUUCUUGGGGCCCAGGAAAGGGAUGUAAGGAUGCAUGUGACAGCCAGUACGAAAGUUGCAUAAACACCUAUGCUCAGAGUUGCAAAUCUAAUGGAAAGAGAGGUUUCCCCGACACUUACGAGAGUGCAAGCCAAAAGUGCCAUAACCAGUGGACCGAUUGCUAUUCUGCAAACGAGAAUGUGACUGGUGGUGGCAGAUGUAACAGCUGGAAUUCGGGCUGGGCGUAG